CCACCGGGAUGGGAGAGUGGGAGGCGGUGAGUUCGCGGCCGGAGAAGCCCGGCUGCGGGUCGGUUGUGGGGUUAGCUGCUGCUGGAGGGACUGAGCCCGCCAUGGAGCCGGUGACCAGGUGGAGCCCGAAGCAAGUGGUGGACUGGACUAAGGGCCUGGAUGACUGCCUGCAGCAGUAUGUCCACAAAUUUGAACGGGAGAAGAUUAAUGGUGAACAACUCCUACAGAUUUCUCACCAGGACCUUGAAGACUUGGGUAUCUCACGGAUUGGACACCAGGAACUGGUUCUAGAGGCUGUGGAUCUCCUGUGUGCACUGAACUAUGGCCUUGAAACAGACAAUAUGAAGAACCUGGUUCUCAAACUGCGAGCAUCAUCCAACAAUCUGCAAAAUUACAUCAGCAGCCGUAGGAAAAGUUCAAAUUAUGACGGAAAUACCUCUCGCAAGCCCCCCAAUGAAUUCCUUACUUCUGUGGUAGAGCUUAUUGGUGCUGCUAAAGCCUUGCUUGCGUGGUUGGACAGGACCCCAUUUACAGGUAUUGCUGACUUUUCAUCAAUGAAGAACAGAAUCAUUCAGCUCUGCUUGGACCUCACUACUGCUGUUCAGAAGGAUUGCACUGUAGCUGACAUGGAAGAUAAAGUCCAGGCUGUGGCCAAGACUUUAAAUGGCAUUUGUGAUAAAGCCAUUCGAUCAACUACAGAUCCAUUGAUGAGCCAGUGUGCCUGUCUGGAGGAGGUUCACUUAACCAACAUUAAACCUGGGGAAGGCCUGGGAAUGUACAUAAAAUCAACUUACGAUGGAUUGCAUGUAAUUACUGGAACUACAGAAAACUCCCCUGCUGAUCGCUCUCAGAAGAUUCAUGCUGGUGAUGAAGUGAUCCAGGUUAAUCGGCAAACUGUGGUUGGAUGGCAGCUAAAAAAUCUGGUAGCAAAGCUGAGAGAGAAUCCUGCUGGAGUUAGGCUGCUGCUUAAAAAACGUCCUACUGGCUCUUUCCAUUUCACUCCUGCUCCAUUAAAGAACCUGCGCUGGAAACCACCCUUGGUGCAGACCAGUCCUCCACCAACUUCAACUCAGUCACCAGAAAGCACCGUGGAUACCUCACUGAAGAAGGAGAAGCCGGCCAUUUUGGAUCUGUACAUACCCCCUCCACCAGCUGUUCCAUAUUCUCCUCGAGAUGAAAAGGGGAGUUUUGUGUAUGGAGGAGGCAACAAACGCAGUCAACCCUUACCUGGGUCCAAGGGGGCCGAGUCUCCCAAUUCUUUUCUGGAUCAGGAGAGUCGAAGGCGAAGGUUUACUAUCGCUGAUUCAGAUCAGUUGCCUGGGUAUCCUCUGGAAGUAAAUAUCCUACCAGCCAAGAUGAGGGAAAAAACACAGUCCUAUGGAAAACCUCGUCCAUUGUCAAUGCCUGCUGAUGGAAGCUGGAUAGGAGCUGCAGAACGCUUCUCUAGGCCACGAGGAGUAGGGAGAAAAGGUGAAGAUGUCCUCUGCAGGUACUUCAGUAAUGAAAGGAUACCCCCAAUCAUUGAAGAAAACCCCUCCACGCAGCACCCCCUCUCCAGGCCUGUGUCUGACAAGCAGUUAGUGAGGGGAACGGAUUAUAUUCGAGGCAGCAGGUGUUUUAUGAAUACAGACCUCCACAACAGUGCAACAAUUCCUUUUCAAGAGGAAGGUGCUAAAAAAUCAUCAGUUACAUCAUCCACAAAACCCUCCUCUGGAGAACCCUCGCUGCUGGUCAGUUGGAUCACAAGACUGAAAUUGUUGACUCACUGACUAUUGUCUGCAGCACUGUUACCAAGUGCCUUUGCUCGGCGGUCAGACUUCUCUACUUUUCGGCCUAACUGACGCAUAGUGACUAAUGCGGUAUUCUUUUCCUGGAGAACCUUACAUCUUUGCCUUUUUGUUUGUGAUUUUUGACAGAUCAGAGGGUGUCAUAGUGCAAGGAGGGAAGAAAGAUAAAGAUCAAGUUCCUCUUCCUGGCCAAAAGCUGAGGGCAUUUAUUCCCAUGGAAAUAAGUAGAAUUUCAGUGACACAGAGGCCACACAUCACCUGGAAUGUGCAUAGUGACUCAGAGGAAAGAACUGUGUUACCGUGAAAUCCAGUGGCACUUUAGUUGUCUGAAUGCUCAGAGACUGGUGUGACUGGCUGGGUGUCAGAGUACGCAGAGCUCAGCAUAAGUUGCGUUACUCGACUGACCAGGAAAGAUAAGCAGAGACACAACAGUUUUGUGCAACUUAGUGAUGCUGUUGCAAGUACUGGAUGAGAUCAACCUUGUGAGGAAGAAGUAAUAGUGUUGCUAUUCUUUCUCUGAUAUCCAGAGAAUCUAUGAAGGCUUAGGAAGAGAGUUCUCUUAUUCAGAGAUUUUAGGAAGUUGGACUAAUUUAAUUAUAAAUCAAUCCAACCUGAUAUAUAAACUAUUUUAUUGAAAUCACAGUAGAAAUAAAGAGCACUGAACAACU